UCGAUGUGGCCAGCCCCAUCCACAUGGUCCCGCUCAACCAGGUGCUCGACCCGCGCGCCGUGGAGACACCGCCGUCCGAGAUGGGGUGGAGUGCUGAUACUGCUACUGCUACCAAAAGGAGGAAGAAGGCGCUGGCUGUGAGGCGCGCCCCUGCUACUCCUCUCACUCCUCAGUUCCAGCAGCAGCCUGCUCCUCAGCACCAAACUGUCAUGGCGGCGCUCGACGCAGAUGCGGCUGGCUCGGACAAGGAGAAGGCGUGCAUGACAGUCGGGAGGUUCUUGUACGACGCCGGCGUGCCACUGGAGGCGGUGAACUCCGUUCACUUCCAGCCGAUGAUCGACGCUAUUGCGUCAGCAAAAGGGAUGCCGCCUGAGGUGCUCUCCUACCACGACUUGCGCGGCUCCAUUCUGAAGAAGUCGCUGGACGAAGUGACGGCUCAGCUCGAGUUCUACAAGGGGUCAUGGACCCGGACAGGGUGCUCUGUGCUGGCCGACGAGUGGACGACUGACAAGGGCAGAACCCUGAUGAACUUUUCGGUGUACUGCCCGGAAGGUACCAUGUUUCUGAAAUCGGUCGAUGCAACAGAAAUCGUCACGUCAUCAGACACGCUGUAUGAGCUGCUGAAGAGUGUUGUUGAGGAGGUCGGAGAGAUAAACGUUGUCCAAGUGAUCACGAAGAACUCCGAGGUUCAUGCAGCGGCAGGAAGAAUGCUAGGAGAGACAUUUCCUACACUGUUCUGGUCUCCGUGCUCUUUCCUGUGCAUCGAUGGCAUGCUCGAGGAUUUCAGCAAGGUGAAGGCAGUUAGCGAUAUCAUAGGCCAUGCGAAGGCCAUCACAGGGUUUAUCUACAACAAUGCGGUUGCAUUGAGUUUGAUGAAGAAAUAUCUGCAUGGGAAGGAUCUGAUAGUUCCUGCAGAGACCCGCGCUGCCAUGAACUUCGUGACGCUGAAAAACAUGUACAGUCUGAAGGAGGAUCUGCUAGCCAUGGUCAAUUCAGAUGAAUGGAUUUACAGCCUCUGCGUGCUGCCAAAGAAUCCUGGAGGGGUAGAAACGAGCAAUAUUGUUAAUAAUUUGCAAGUUUGGUCUUCUUGGGCUGUAGUCGUUCGUGCCACUGAACCACUUGUGCAUCUACUUAAGCUAGUCGGCAGCGACAAGAGGCCUGCUAUGGGGUAUGUUUAUGCUGGAUUAUACCAGGCCAAAGCUGCAAUCAAGAAAGAGCUGGUAAGGAAGAGCGACUACAUGCCUUAUUGGAAUAUUAUUGACCAGAGAUGGGACAAGCAAAUGCCACGGCCACUUCAUUCAGCGGGUUUCUUCCUAAAUCCACUGUUUUUUGAUGGCAUCCGAGGUGAUAUCUCGAAUCAGAUUUUCUCGGGAAUGCUAGACUGCAUAGAAAGACUGGUCUCUGAUGUCAAAAUCCAGGAUAAAAUUCAGAAGGAGCUCAAUAUGUAUCGGAAAGACGCAGUAGGUGAUUUUCGUAGGCAAAUAGCUAUCCGAGCCCGGCGUACUUUACCCCCUGCUGAAUGGUGGUAUACAUAUGGCGGAGCUUGUCCGAAUUUAACACGUUUAGCAGUACGUAUCCUCAGUCAAACCUGCAGUGCUAAAGGGUUUGAUCGGACACACAUUCCUUUUGAACAAAUCCAUGACCAAAGAAUGAAUAACUUUGAACGUCAACGAAUGUGUCAUCUUACCUUUGUGCAGUGCAACCUACGGCUACAACACAGGCAACAAUAUAAGGCGAAGGCAUUUGAUCCUAUCUCAGUAGACAACAUAGACAUAGUUGAUGACUGGUUAGUGGAUAGAUCUGCACUGUCUUCGGGACCAACCGAUCAGCGUAAUUGGAUGGACAUUAAUCAACCAUUCAACUGGGUUGAGACAGCAGGACUGAGUGAUGAAUUCGAGUCCUUCAUUGAAGGAAUUGCUGAUGAAAUGGUCCAAGGUGCUUCCCAAGGAAACCAGGAUGAUGACGACGAUGAGGACGACGAUGAUGACAACUCCAAGGAUGAACCAUGCCUAUAGGUGAACAAGUUGGUUCUUGGAUAACCUGUAAACGGAUGGCCCAUGGACGAGACCUAGCUUUGCCUGGUACAACCUUCCAAGUAGGAUUUAUUCGAGAGGAAAAAAGAUCCUUUCCAAGUAGCCAAAUGGAUAUGUACAUUUCUUGUUGUGUAAUUUAGGAUGUAAUGUAUACUUCGAUGUUGACAUACUUAGAGUUUUGCAAUCUUAAA